CGUAUCAAGUUACGAAAAUAGUUCCUAUUCGAGAGCCUACCUGGCCCAAGUGAAAACUCUGAACCAUUAUCACAGGGUACUGUUGGUCCGUCAACCGGUUUGUUGACGCCCCCACCUAACAGCCCACCUCCUCCACCUACCCCCUACACAGAGGCACAGGCGUGAAAUCCAACUAGUCAUUUCAAGUCGUAGCGGUAGAAUCAACCCAAGCCACCCCUUUAACACACAAAGCGAUACUUUGGGUUAAAGAAAAGGCAUGGGACGCGCGGACCUGGAGCAUACCGACUCAGUUUCAUAGGUGGACCGAGCUUGAAGACUUAUAUUACAAAGGACUCAGCGAUACCUACAGUGUGUACGGUUCUCGGACCUUUUCUAAUCGUUUCUGAAGUAGGCUACUAUUUUGUUGUCGGCACAAUGGGGUGUUGCAGCGGUCGAUGCACGCUUAUCUUUCUCUGCACGAUCCAGCUGAUAGUGGCGUUGGAACGACAAGUGUUCGAUUUCCUGGGGUACCAGUGGGUGCCCAUCCUGGCUAACUUCUUCCACAUCAUCAUCGUCAUCCUCGGACUCUUCGGGACCAUCCAAUACAGACCGCGCUACAUUGUGGUGUAUGCUGUGUGGACGGCUCUCUGGGUGGCCUGGAACGUCUUCAUAAUCUGCUUCUACCUGGACGUGGGGGGCCUGACCAAGGAAAGUGACCUGCUGACCUUCAACAUCUCGGCCCAUCACUCGUGGUGGAGCGAGCACGGGCCGGGCUGUGUGAGGAGAGAGGUGCCCCAGCCAGGGGUCCGCACCGCCGACAGCCAGUCCUAUGUCUCCGUGAUGGGCUGUCUCAUGGACUACCAGUACAUCGAGGUCCUACACAGCGGAAUACAAAUCCUUAUGGCUCUCCUGGGAUUCGUGUAUGCCUGUUAUGUCGUCAGCGCCAUCACAGAAGAGGAAGACAGCUUUGAUUUUAUUGGUGGAUUUGACCCAUUCCCCCUCUACCAUGUCAAUGAGAAACCAUCCCAUCUCCUCUUAAAGCCAAUGGUGCAUAAGUCUACGUAAAUAAGUGUGAAGCGACACUGCGGGUUCCCAUGGAAACAAAAUGGCCACUCAGACUGACACAACAACGGUCCCAGAAUGCACUGGGGCGGGCCAGCCAUUCCUCCGAUUCUCCACUUCCAUCUCUUCAGUAGUUCAAACGUGUGUAAAGGACUGGCGCUCUGUGUGGGAACGUCUGCACUUCCCAGUUGUGUUCUGUUGUUAGUGAGUGGAGGGGCAGGGGCUAAUUACAGUGUAGCAUGGACCUGAACUUUUACUGUGUACUCAAAUAUCAAAUGUUUAGCUAGAACUACAAACGGCAUCCGACAACAAAAGACUUGCUUCACCUGCUGUCGACAGCUGUAUUUCCUUAUUUUGUUCUGUCAGAACUAGUCAUCUUUGUAAAGAUCAUAGCUAUAUAUACAGUCUAUAUAUACAUAUACAUAAACAUAUAAACAAUGGGCGCUCCAGUCUGAGGGGCCUAUUCUGUCCGCGGUUCUGUGGGUUAACGUGUCAUUACGUCGUGGACUACAGUCCACGUUUGGCCGAAUUACAGUGGAGCCCGCAGAAUGGAAUGAGCCAUUGUGUUCUGCCUGUUUAGUUUAGACCACGAUCCGUCCAUGUAAAUACACAGGCCAAGCAGGAAGAGGUGAGGAGGGGUGGGGGGCGAGGAAACAAAGCAACCAAAGCUACCGGGUAUUUGGUCCAAAAUAGAAGGAAAAGAUUUCAACACAACAUGGAAAAAGUAGUUGGCGGUCAGGGGUUCUGAAAUGAAAACUAAACAACAUAACAGAGCAUGAAAGCAAGGUUUUUACAGUAAAAGCAAAUGGGCAAUAAGGUUUGAGUGUAACUUUUUGUUAAUAUAGUCGUACUGAUAGGGCCGUGACCGGCUCCUGUCCAAAGCAGAAAUGUAGGUCAGGAUGUACAUACAGUGCUUGAAUAGACAGAAUCUCUAAACUAUAACGAGGGGUGGAAUGAAAGGAAAUGUAUAAAUGUAAUGUUGUUUUAACGUUUUUGCUGUGGAAGAUUGAGGUUCGUGUCAGGUCUCAAAUGUCUGUGUGUUAAACCACAGACUGAAAACCCAACUACCUAAAGUUGGAUAUGUGGCAUUUGAUCAUAAUUUUGACUCACUUUAUAUAGUGGCUGACUCUAUUUUCAAUCCAAAAUAGUCUGUGACAUGAGAGGUAGUUUGUGUAUGUUUAUUGUCUAUGGCAAACAAAGAUAUUGAAUGGAGUGAAAAUGGUGUUAAAUGUAGAAGUACAGUAGCACAAAUAUAGCAAAACAUGACAGAGCUUUACACAACUUUUCUCCAUCAUUCCAUCUACAGAUCGAUGAUUGAACUGUGAUCCAUUUUAAUCGUUUGUUUCAUAGCAUGUUUUUAUAGGUUAUGUAUGAUACAGCAACUGUGGAUAUGCUUAAUUAUAAACAUUUAAAACCUACAGUGUUUGGAUUUGAGGGGUUAGGAAACCGUAUUCUACAACCCAAGUAGAUUAUUUUACUUUUGCGUAUUCUGUUGCAGAGCUGUAACUGGUUGGAUCUAUGGGUGUGUCCGUUUAUAGAUUGUAGUUGCCUCUUUAGAAACUGAUCAAGGCUCAGUUUCUGUUUUUCUCACUCAUUAACAUUGAGAUUGGGCAUCUGAUCUGCAGAUCUGUGUCUAAAAGCACACCAUCUACCUGGAACCCCAUUCUGCCUUAUGUUGAGUGGCCUCUAGGCCUCUAGCCAAUCAGCAUUAUGGAGGAGUUAAAAGCAUGUGAAUGCACUGAACCAGUAAAUUUACACCUCCCUCAUAGUUAUAAAUACAACAUAAAUGUUGUGUGUCACUGCUGCCCCCUUCUGUUCAACAUGGCCAUGCACACAUUAAAAUACUACUGAACAGGAUUACAGUUUCUGUUAUUGACUCAAAAAACCCUGCUAUUGCUUCAUGUCAAUAUAUAAUAAACACCAUUUGAGUUGUUUUCAUUGGUCUAUACUGGACACUGGAACCAAUAGAAAGUUCCAGUUCUGCCCUUUAUGUACUGUAUGUACAUGAUGUAUGCUUCAUCUAUAUUGGCUUCAGUCUACACAGCGCUAUUUCGACGAACAAAUGUAUACUUCUUUAUUUAUCUUGCUGUGACAUGAAUGCAAUUAUUAUUAUUUUUUAUCAUUAAUUUUGUUUUAUACUUAAUCUGAAGGGCCUUGAACAUAGAACACAAUCAGAUUUGGUUCCAUCUAUUGUUCUCAGCAUCAUAUCAGCAUAUCCUUAUACCUGUGAUAGACAGGCUUCAGACUGAAAACAUUGAAAUCACAACUGUCCCUUAACUGAUAUGGGCUUCUGCUGAACGGGGGUAGUGACAUCAGUGGUAUUGCAGCAAUAAAAUUAUAAACAGGGGCUCAAAUGAUUUCCCCAAAUGUCACUACCAGCAGGUAACCACAUAGUUCACAAAGUGUUUAGCACCAAAAAUUAUUAAAAUGGUUGGGAACAGUUCUUGUAUUGCAAUAGAUUAUUUGCAACAGGGAAUGGAGGAUCCAUAGCUGACAGGAAUAUCCAUUGUACUGGUAGAAUGGAUAUCACUGAGUCCACCUCUUUGUAGACAGUUCUGUUUCAUUCUACAGGAAGGUGUGUGUUGGAGCAAGGGAGGGGGCUUUUGUAUUUCUCUUCAUUUAGUGGCCUCUGUGGCUCGUCACAUGACUCAAUGUCAUCCUGUUGGUCUAAACCUGUGCUGUGUUCAAGAGUUUAAAUAGCAAUUUGUUAAUAAAAAAA